UUUGCAAUAGUUUUUUAUUGUCUACCAAAACAUACAAAACUGCAAAUACGCACAGUAGAUAUUCCUCUAUAGAUCCCAAAAUCAAAACCACUCGAGUCGCAGCAAAGAGUGACCUUUGACCUUUGUGGUUUGCAGUCUGCCGGUGACCCAAAACAUUUACAGAAGACUGAUUUAUCAUGCAUAGUUUAAUAUAACAUGACCAUCGCUGCUGACGUAUAUUUAUAGCAAAGCAAUAAGUGCUGAGUGAUUUUGUGGGGGUACUUUUAACAGUUCAGCCGUUACAGCAUGUCGUGCGGGAGUGUGUGUGUGUGUGCGUAUGUUGAUGAGUACUUCCGUCUUGAGUAAAUGCAGCCUGCACGCUCCCCUUGCGUGAAGCAGUUUUGUGUAUACAUAAACAAGGGGUAAACAAGGGAUGACUGUGUUGAGUAGGAGGGAAGCCUACAAAAGGGAAGAGUCGGGCAUGAGUUGUCAGAAACACCUGGCUGGGAGAGAGAGAAAGAGAGAGCAGCAGAGUGUGAAAGACUAAAGGAGGGACACAACUUAUUAAUGAGUAACACACACAAGUUGAUUUCCAAUUUCCUGCUUUAGCUCUCAUUUAAAAGACGGAAAAGAGAGGACAAAACCACACAAGCAAGUGAACCGGAGAACGAGUGAAGAUUUGGCACCUCGACUUCUGUAGCAGACAGACCCUCAAAAUGACUCGUUCCUUGAGAGAGCUUGUGAAGGAGUACAUAACAGAGCGGCGAGUUCGCAAAUGCCGCCUGGUGAAUAAAGACGGCCGCUGCAACAUCGAGUUUGGCAACGUGCUCCACCGAAACCGCUUGGCCUACGUCCUGGACAUAUGGACCACCUUUGUCGAGACCCGAUGGCGGUUUGUCAUCUUGCAUUUCGUGGCGUCCUUCACCCUCAGCUGGUUCAUCUUCGGCCUCCUUUGGUACUGGCUUGCCAGAGACCACGGUGACUUGAAGUGGCAGAAUCCCCCUCAAAAUCACACGGCUUGUGCCUAUAGUGUCAACACACUGACUUACGCCUUUCUCUUGUCGCUGGAGACCCAAACCACCAUCGGAUAUGGAAACAUUUAUGUCACUGACGUCUGUCCCGGAGGUGUGGCUCUGAUCGUAAUUCAGAGUCUUAUCGGCACCAUAAUCCACUGCUUCUGGUGCGGCGUGGUUAUGGCAAAAAUCGCUCUUCCCAAGAAGAGAGCCAAGACCAUAACCUUCACCGACAAGGCAGUUAUCUGCCCUAAAAAGGGCACCCUUUGCCUUCAGAUCCGAGUGGCUAACCUGCGCAAGACCUUGAUGAUCGGUAGCCAGAUUUACGGCAAGCUCCUGAGGACCACAAUCACCCCCGAAGGUGAGACCAUUAUCUUGGACCAGGUCAGCAUUGACUUCAUGGUGGACUCCGGCAAGGACAGCCUGUUUUUUGUGUGUCCUUUGACCCUUUACCACGCCAUCGAUAAAUCCAGUCCUUUCUUUGAAAUGGCGGUAGACACUCUGCAUCAGCAGGAGUUUGAGCUCGUGGUGUUUCUGGAUGGCACAGCCGAAUCCACCAGCUCCUCCUGCCAGGUCAGGACCUCCUACAUCCCUCAGGAGAUCAUGUGGGGCUACGACUUCCUCCCGAUCAUCUCCCGCAGCAAAGAGGGAAAGUACCGCGUGGACUUCUCCAACUUCGCCAAGGAGGUGCCUGUACCGACCGCUCAUUGUGCCUACUGCUACCACAACGAAGCAGGACAUCAUCACCACUCCAUCAGCGGCAUUGACAACAAGGGCUUUGAGGUGAAUGACAUUGAGAAGCCCAACGUCACCAAAAUGUAAAGCUUUUGGACUGACAUGUACUGAGCGACAUCGCAAG